AUGAUCCCGUUUAUGAGUUCUUUUUUGUCCUAUAGGGCGCUAUAUUUUGGAGUCGAGAGAAACAGCAUUAACCACAAACGACCAAAUGGGGGAGCUCAAGAAAGAGAGAGCGUAGAGGUUUAUUCUCACACUAUUCAACUCACGUCUCUCUUCGCUUCAACCUCAUCUUGUCUUCGUUCUUCACAAGUAUCUAAUACCAAGUCGUCGCUCCACGUGCUACACAGACAUGGCGCGUGCUCGCGUCUAGGCAGCGACAAAGCCGAGAGUCAUCCCGACCACGACGACAUCUUCAGACACGAUGAAGCACGUGUGGUUUCCAUCCAGUCCAAACUGUCAAAGGAUUUUAUAGACCCAAUCAAACCGAGCCUGUCCACAGAUCUACCGGCUAACCUGGGGAGCCCGUUCGGUUCGGACAACUACAUCGUCAGGAUCGGAAUCGGGACACCUAAACAAGAUCUGUCGCUGAUAUUCGACACCGGCAGCGAUUUGACGUGGAUCCAAUGCAGGCCAUGUUGGAACUCAAUUGUCGAAAUUGAAGUUCGUUUGAAUGAGAAAUGCUUGUCCAAAGUUUGUUGCUAG